CUGUUGAACGUUUUUCAAUCAGAAAGACACGAAAGCGUUUAGACACACAUGCACUGUUCGUGACUGCAGUCUCAGGAGGACGAGCAACAUGAAGAAAGAUGCUCCAAUUUCUGAUACUAAGCAGAAGAUGAGCAGAAUGAGGCCUAAGACUUAGACAGACCUUUAACACGUUGAGCGUUCGGAGCAACCAGCAGUACGGCUAUAAACUCGACUCGUAUUGCCUGAACGACUGCUUUUGUUUGUUUUUUUUGGAGUGAAUGUUAAUAUUGUAAGAGGUAUUGCAUUUCUGGUUCCCUUUUUUUUUUUACCACACAGGUUCGAGUGUGUUUGCACGCGUUGUGUUUUCCAUCCAUUUUGAAACGGAGAGGACGUUGCUCAAUCUCGGACAUGUUUUGUCCUCGUGCUUGGCUUUUCAACAUUUCAACACAUUUUUAAAGACGUUUGAUUUUUUUCUGCCGUGUGAAGAAUCAACAUCAGUCAGUCUUUACUCAAGCGGACAUCAUGUCCUAAAAGACAUGAUCUCACCCCUUUUCUGGACUUAACUGAGCGUCAAGGAUUGUAGAGUCACACAGCGUUACAGAGACAGCAAAUUGGCUGAAAAAAGCAAGGAAUUCUGGGAAACGUCAUUGGCUGCGAUCAAAGGAAGUUGGGAUCCUGGAAUUCCUAAGGAAGGCAGUGAUGGGAAACGCGGCAGGAAGUUUGGAGCAGCCUGAGGGCACCGAGGCUGGAAUCAACCCCACAUUAGGCUACACCAUCAGGAAGAAAACAGCGCCUCCUAAACUGCCCAUGCCUCCCGAAGAUGAGCUGGAGGAGCGCUUCAACGUGGUGCUGAGCUCCAUGAACCUGCCCCCUGAUAAGAUGACGCUUCUGAGUCAGUAUGAUAAUGAAAAGAAAUGGGAACUGGUCUGUGAUCAGGAGCGUUUCCAGGUGAAGAACCCUCCAUCUGCAUAUCUGAAUAAGAUCAAGAGUUUCUAUCAGGACCAGGGAGGAGUGACACGCCGGUUUAAGAGGCGCAUUCAGGAAUCCACCCAAGUCCUGAGAGAGCUGGAGAUCUCCUUGAGGACCAAUCACAUUGGAUGGGCUCAGGAGUUCCUGAAUGAAGAGAAUCAGGGUUUGGAUGUGCUGGUGGAUUAUCUGUCCCAUGCUCAGAGUGAUGCACUGUUUGAGGUGGAGUCAGUGGAGAAUGGAGGUUCUGUUCCAGACAACAGGAAGCUGUCAGAGAGAUCUGUGGAGGAUCUAACCAAAAACACCACAAUCUCAACGACACAAGGCAUGACUCGGGCUGCUCGUGCUUUCACCGUCCGACUGACUAAUCUGGCACAAGGCAGGAGAUCUCUAAGACAUCGUUUAAGCCAAAGAGACGAUGUCCAUGUUUGCAUUAUGUGCCUGCGAGCUAUCAUGAAUUAUCAGUCUGGCUUCAACCUGGUGAUGAGCCAUCCUCGCUGUGUGAACGAAAUCACACUCAGUCUCAACAACAGGAACCCCAGGACAAAAGCCCUUGUGUUGGAGCUGUUGGCUGCUGUGUGUCUCGUUAGAGGUGGACAUGACAUCAUUAUUUCAGCCUUUAACAACUUUAAAGAUGUGAGUGGAGAGAAGAACAGGUUUGAGAAGCUAAUGGAGUAUUUCAGCAGUGACGACAGCAACAUUGACUUCAUGGUGGCGUGUAUGCAGUUCAUAAACAUUGUGGUUCACUCAGUGGAAAACAUGAACUUCCGUGUGCACCUUCAGUACGAGUUCACGCAGCUCGGCCUCGAUCAGUACUUAGAGUCUCUGAAGCUGACAGAGAGCGAAAAGUUACAGGUUCAGAUCCAGGCGUAUCUGGAUAAUGUGUUCGAUGUGGGAGCUUUGCUGGAGGACGCAGAGAAUAAAGGAGGACUCGUGGAACAUUUGGAGGAGUUACAGGAACACAACGCACAGCUGAGUGCUAAGCUAGACGAGUAUGAGAAUGGAGCGAUGGAGAAAGUGGCUGAACUCGAGCAGCAGCUCAUGCAGGUCACUAAAGAGUCAGCGAUACUCAAGGAGAGCUUGCGGGAGUCGUGCGCUCAGGUCAGCACCCUGCAGCAGCGUGAGCGUGAGCGAGAGAUCCAGAGAGAGCGAGAGAAGGAAGAGGAGCGGCAAACUCAGCCUUCUCAGCGAAGAAUAGAGAAGGACAGAGGCGCUGAGGAGCAAAGGGACAGCAAGCUGGAGGUAAAGCUGAGGGAGCUGCAGGAUAAAGGAUUGGUGCGGCUCGAGAAGACGGCCUCGGGAUCUCUGGACAUUGAGGUCAUCCCUGUGACUGUGAUCCAAACCGUCCCUGCUAGUGUCACAGAAACGGACUCAGCACCAGCCAAUCAGGCCGCUUCUUCAGCAGCUCCUCCUCCUCCUCCUCCUCCACUACCUGGCGCCACUCCUCCUGCCCCUUCUGUCGUUCCUCCACCACCACCACCACCACCUCCUCUUCCAGGGUGUGGUGUCCCACCUCCACCACCACCUCCUCCACCUCCAGGUGGAGGCCCGCCUCCUCCUCCACCCCCUCCUGGGUGUGGCCCGCCUCCUCCUCCACCCCCUCCUGGGUGUGGCCCGCCUCCUCCUCCUGGAGCUCCUCCUGCACCAGGGGCUGAAACAGGGAAGAGCAGAAAGCCGAUCCAGACGAAGUUCCGCAUGCCGCAGCUCAACUGGCAGGCUCUGAAACCCAACCAGGUGGAAGGAACAGUGUUUAAAGAGCUGGAUGAUGAGCAACUGUUACAGGAGUUGAACAUGGACAUAUUUGCGGAGCAGUUUAAGACGAAGGCUCAGGGUCCUCCAGCUGAUCUCUCCAAGAUGAAGGUGAAAGCUCAGAAAGCUCCCGCUAAAGUUUCUCUCUUGGAUCCCAACAAGGCCAAGAACCUGGCCAUCACCCUGCGUAAGGCAGGCAUCAGUCCUGCUGAAGUCUGCACCGCCAUCGAGACUUAUGAUCAGCAGGCCCUGAGCCUGGACUUCUUGGAGUUGCUGGAGCGCUUCAUCCCGUCUGAUUACGAGAUGAAGCUGCUUCAGAACUACGUGAAGGAGGGACGUCCUCUGGAGGCCCUGUCCGAUGAGGACCGCUUUAUCUUGAGCUUUGGUAAAAUCCCGCGCCUUGCUCAGCGAAUCAGCACACUCACCUUCAUGGGAAACUUCCCCGAGACAGUCAAACGCCUGCAGCCGCAACUGGACUCCAUCAUUUCAGCCUCCAUGUCCCUGAAGUCUUCCAAUAAGCUGAAGAAGAUCUUAGAGCUCAUUCUGGCUUUUGGAAACUACAUGAACAGCAGUAAGAAAGGAACGGCUUAUGGUUUCCGGUUGCAGUCCCUCGAUCUGCUAUUAGACACAAAGUCCACAGAUCGCUCUCAGACUCUGCUGCACUUCAUAGUGAACAUAGUGCAAACGAAAUACCCCGAUCUGACCUCCUUCCACAACGAGCUGCACUUCAUCGACAAGGCUGCUCUGGUGUCUCUGGAUAGCGUGCUGCAGGACGUGCGCUCUUUAGAGAGAGGGAUGGAGGGAACCAAGAAGGAGUUCAUGGUCCAGGAUGACAUCAAAUUGCUGAAAGAGUUCAUUAAGGUCAACAGCACAGUCCUGGAUUCACUCAUUAAAGAUGGAAAGACGGCGCAGGAGGUGUAUGUUUCAGUAGUGGAGUAUUUUGGGGAGAACCCCAAGACCAUGCAGCCCUCCAUGUUCUUCCCUUUGUUCAUCAGAUUCGUGAAAGCCUACAAGAAAGCGGAGCAGGACAACGAGCAGAAGAAGAAGCAGGAGAUGGCGGCUGAAGAGCCGCCCACGACCUCGCCGAAGAAGAAAGACACCACGCCGCAGAAGGGUCCCAUGAUGCCCAAGAUGCCUCAGAUGGAUCUGAUAGCGGAGCUGAAGAAGAGGCAGGUGAAGCCGCAGGUCACCGAUGGAGCCAUCGAGGACAUCAUCACAGACUUGAGAAAUUCUCCGUACCGUCGAACAGACGGCCGAAGACCAGCGCAGCGGCAAGAAAAUUAACGCAUCCCUUAGACAUCCUUCAUCUAAACAGUGUUAUAUAACUUGUAUUCGGCUUAUUUGAUCCUGAAGACACACACAGACGACAGAUCUUUCAACACACCCACACAACUGAUCGAUAUGGUGCACACACUUACACACAAAUUACACACUAACAGACACAUCCGACUCACACUUUCUUACUUCUCAUUUAUCACUUGUAUUACUUUUAAACAGCUGUAUAUAAAUCAGAUCCUUUAUUAUAAUUCAGAACCAUUUAUGCUACUUUUGGAUUUAAUAGAGCUAUUGUGACUUUUUGUAUUUGAAAAUGAGCAUUUGUAAAAAGAAAAAAAAUGUUUGUUUUUUUUUUUUAGAAAAAAAUCAGUGGAACAGAAAAAGUAGUCAUGAAUGUCGAGUUGAAACAUUAAAAACAGAUACAUUCAGGAAUAAAUUGUGUAAACGUGGCAUUUCUUUAUUGCAUACAAAGCUACUAAAAUUGCCCAAG